AUGAGCGACAACAAUCAAGAAAAGAAGCCAUACGACCAUGACACUAUCAUCAUCGGAGCAGGCAUAUCGGGGAUCAACACCGCAUACCGCGUUCAACAGGAGCUACCAAACUUCAGCUAUGCGAUACUCGAAGCCCGAGAUGCAUUAGGUGGAACUUGGGAUCUCUUUCGAUAUCCAGGUAUUCGGUCUGAUUCUGACUUAUUCACAUUUGGCUUUUCAUGGUACCCCUGGACCGCUUCUAGCCAGAUUGCUGAUGGCUCUGCGAUACGGGAGUAUAUGCGGGAAGCAGCUGCUACCCAUGGCAUUGACAAAGCUAUAAUGUACAAUCACAGAGUUGAUACUGCUUCCUGGUCUUCCCCAGAUCAACUCUGGACCCUUGAUAUCACGCAUAAUGGCAACAAGAAGACCCUCCGAGCCCGAUUCCUUGUUUUCGGUACUGGAUACUACGACUACCAUCAACCUCUUUCCGCCAGCAUUCCAGGCUUAACGAGUUUCCGAGGAUUGACCAUCCACCCGCAAUUUUGGCCGGAGGACUGCGAUUACGAUGGCAAGAGAGUGGUUAUCAUCGGCAGUGGUGCAACUGCUAUAACUCUCCUCCCGAAGCUCUCUGAGACCGCAGCAAAGGUUACCAUGUUGCAGCGCAGUCCAUCUUACAUCAUGUCGAUCCCGAGCCAGACAAAGCGAACCUGGUUGACACGUCUCCUGCCCACUAGCAUGUUUCUCAAGCUGAACCGUGUCCUUAAGAUCGUAUUAUCUAGACUGUUCUUUCUCUUCUGUCGCUCAUUUCCGACCACGGCGCGAUCGGUCCUUCGACGCCGAACCCUGCAACAAUUACCAGAGGGAAUACCGCACGACCCCCACUUCAAGCCUAGAUACAAUCCCUGGGACCAACGGCUAUGUAUCUGUCCCGACGGAGAUUUCUACAAGAGCCUGCACACAGGAAGAGCAGACAUAAAGACCGACACAAUCAAGCUGAUAACCGAGUCAGGAAUCCAAUUGGGCUCCGGUGAAUUUCUCGAUGCCGAUAUCAUCAUAACGGCUACGGGGCUUAAACUCCAAAUCGGAGCCGGGAUCAACAUUACUAUUGAUCAGCAGCCCUACAAGAUACCUGAAAAGUUCCUGUGGCAUGGAAUCCUGAUUGAGGAUCUUCCAAAUGCCGCCUUGGUAAUUGGAUAUGCCAAUAUUUCGUGGACAUUAGGGGCUGAUGUGACAGGGAGAAUACUCUGCCGUCUUUUGAACCACAUGGAAAGAGGGGGCUUUGGUGCGGUUAUUCCGAGAGUACAGAGCGGGCUGGCUCUGCAGCGCCGUAGGCUGUUGAAUUUGAGUUCGACAUAUGUUACUGAGGCGGAAAAGGACCUGCCAAAGGUGGGUGAUAGAGGUCCUUGGAAGGCUAGGAGUAACUAUCUUUCUGAUCUUAUCUUCGCCAAAUACGGGAAGCUCAACGAGUCGUUGGAGUUUAUUAGGAAGUCGGUUUGUGACAUUGAGAACGAUUGUACUUAG